AUGCAUUUCACACUCGUUCUAUCAAUCAUUCUCGCUCUUUCAUUACAAUGUCAAGUGUCAGUCAGUAUGUUACCCGAAGAACAAGCGGUCCGAGACGCAACAGCUGCUUCGGCUCAUGCCGACGAAGUUCAAUCGUCCACACAUCGUGCCGUCUCCCUUAGUUCAAGCCAGAGAUAUGAUUCAUCGCGCGGGGGAUCAGACGACGAAGAAGACGAAGAAGAAGUAGAACAACUUGCCGAUCACAGAUUCAUGGAUGACGGAACUCAUGCUCCUCGACAAACAAUAUCCCCAGGUCAAAAGAUCAAAGCAUCCUGGUCCAGAUUUUCGGAUCGAGUAUCAUCUUUCUUAUCGAAAUUACGCAAAGUGAUUUUCUUUUGGCGUAAAUCUCGACCUAUACCUCAUUUCUCAGAUGCUUCUUAUAUGAUGCGUCAGCUAGAGGAGCUCCUCCAACAUGUAGAAGCCUUUGUGCAGACUGGAGAAGCACCCAAGGAACUUACUGCUAAAUUUGCAACCAUCGUCAAAGGUAGAAAGGUGAAAAACCCUUGGAAGUUUUAUAAACAAGUCACUGGAGAAAACUAUGUGCAAUAUAAGGCAGAAGAGUACCGCAAAUUAAAUUAUGAGUUGAUUACACAUCUUCAGAAUCAUUUCCAGCUUACUAGAUAUGCAAUGGAUACAUACAAGCAAACUCAAGAGCGACUAGUAAAAUCUGUGGCUGAUUUCAAGGGUUUCCUUAGCGCGAGAGUCGAUCCUAAUAUCGACAUGGAGAAACUAGCUGACAACAUUCGAAAGUACUCAAGUUCACUUCCCGUGAAUGACUUGACAAUUGCACACCAAUAUCAGUUGACUUUUUUGCAUAUGUUCGGUCAAGGUCAUAUCACCCUUCCCGAUGUGAUCGACGUCGACGGAACAGUCAGAUUGGAUGAACUUUCACGCGUCUUCCAGCUCAAAGCGGCCUUUGGACUUAAGGCAGAUCAGUGGGAUCUUUCUCCUGAGGAAACCGAAGCCAUCAUCAAGGCAUUCCCACAGAUUGAGAAGGCUUUGAAGAAUCUUUACAUUGUUCAAGAUGUAACAACGUACCUGAAGAGAAAUGGACAGAAUACUAUACCUACACAUUAUCAAGAGUUGAAAUACAAUGCGGAUGUGACACUCGAACGGGAGCAUGGAACCCUUAUGCGAACGUUUGGCACGGAGGAAAAGGCAAAGAGCGUAUUUUCCAAGAUCUAUCGUUCUACUCUUACUGAAGGACCAUUGGCUGACAAGAAAGGUUCACCUUUAGAAUAUAUGCUCUUGCCUCUGUUGGAACCAGCUGGACCUGGUCGAUCAUUUGAGACAGCCACCAAUGUGGAAGCUAAAAUGAAAUCAAUGGGGAUCAUAGGUGGAAUGAUAUCUCAGUCAGAAUUUAUCCAGAAGUAUUAUGAUAUCAUUGCUCUCACGACUGCAGCCCUAGCCAAUCACUAUCGGAGUGCUCAAGGGUUAAGAGCAGUUCGAAAUAUCCUUGAACACUCGAUGAUGACAAUGCGCCGAUCUUGA